UUUUUUUUUCCUGUAAGAUAUCGUUAAAAUCACGCUAUUUACACGCAACUGAUAUCUAAAUAAUUCGGAACAAUGAGAACAUAGGCAUGUGAUUUUAUACAACACAAUAGUACACUUUCUCAUACCAAAAUAAUUUCCUCAUAUUGCGGAAGCUGUCGCAUUAUACAAACUAAGAAAUAGUUAUUUAAAAUAAUAUAUCAAAGCAAGUUUUUAGAUAUAUUUUAUGUGUGGCAAAAUAAAACUGUUAAGUGUACAGCUGGAUUUCGACUCCAUUUAAAGUAAAGUACCACAGGCAAUCAAUAUGGAGAUACUAAAGAAAUUGUCCCGGAAGAAGUUUAUACGAGCUGACUCUGUUCACGACACGAAGCUAGCACGGUGUCUUAAUACUGUGGAUUUAACAGCUUUAGGUAUAGGGAGUACCCUGGGUGCAGGUAUCUAUGUUGUGGCUGGACAGGUUGCCAAGCAAACAUCCGGCCCCUCUGUGUUCAUCUCUUUCCUUAUUGCUGCAUUAGCCUCCGUUCUUGCAGGACUGUGUUAUGCCGAGUUCGGUGCACGCGUUCCUAAAACAGGUUCAGCCUACGUAUACAGCUACGUCACUAUAGGAGAACUCAUGGCGUUUGUGAUUGGCUGGAAUCUCAUAUUGGAAUAUGUAAUUGGCACAGCAAGUGUGGCCAGAGCAUGGAGUUCGUAUUUUGACUCUCUCGUCCACAACAAAAUACAAACCUACUUUCGAGACAAUGUUCCAAUGCAUAUUUCUGGUCUUUCACCCUACCCUGACUUUUUUGCACUUGGAAUAACCCUUCUUCUAACAGUAAUCCUAGCAGUGGGAGUGAAGGAGUCGUCAAGAUUCAACAACCUGUUUACAGCAGUCAAUCUGUUGGUAGUAACGUAUAUAGUGAUCUGCGGGGCAUUCAAGGCAGACGUUCAUAACUGGGAAGUAGACCCGAAAACGGUCACUGCUGUAAACUCUACAGAUAUUGGAGAGGGUGGAUUUCUACCAUUUGGUUUCUCUGGUAUGUUGUCAGGGGCGGCUACAUGUUUCUAUGCCUUUGUUGGAUUUGAUGCCAUAGCAACAACAGGUGAAGAAGUGAAGAACCCCCAGAAAGCUAUACCUGUAAGUAUAGUAGUGUCACUGCUGGCGUGUUUCUUUGCCUACUCUGGUAUAUCUGUUGUUAUAACACUGAUGUGUCCUUAUUACUUACUGGAUGGGAGUGCACCAUUACCUGCCGUGUUUGAUAGAGUUGGUUGGCCUGUUGCCAGGUACAUCAUUGCUGUGGGUGCUGUGUGUGGAUUAUCAACAAGUCUCCUUGGUGCAAUGUUUCCACUUCCUCGUGUGAUCUACGCUAUAGCCAGUGAUGGGCUUAUCUUUAAGUUUCUGGCCAAAGUCAAUGACAGAUUCAAAACACCACUGAUUGCCACUCUAAUAUCUGGUGCGUUUGCAGGAUUAAUGGCGAUGUUAUUUGACCUGAAAGAGCUUGUGGACAUGAUGUCUAUAGGAACUCUGUUAGCUUACACUCUAGUCGCAGUGUCUGUACUUCUGUUGAGAUACAGGGUCCAUAAUAUAGGAGAAAUAGACGAGUCAAAAGGCAGUUAUACACAAGUUGCUGAAUAUGAUUCAAAGGAACAUCUAGAUCAUUCAGACGCUUUAAAUGACAGAAGACAGCUUUCAAAUGACUAUGGUGACCAGACCAUAUUUUCAACAGCUUUCAAUUUUAAAAAUGAAAACCCGUCCCCGAUAACUGAGAAAACAUCUGUAUAUGCUGUUUCUUUAUUUAGUCUUUUAACUGUUGGACUUUCGCUCUUUCUAAAGUUUGCAGAAGACGAUUUGUCGGCUGGUAAAGCCUGGGCGAUUGUCAUCACAUCUGUGUUUACUAUAUUAAUGCCACUUCUACUUAUCUCAAUGGCAUGUCAACCACAGAACAAAAGCAAGGUUUCUUUUAAGGUGCCUUGGUUGCCGUUUUUACCGGGUAUAAGUAUUUUCGUGAAUAUUUUUCUUAUGCUUCGACUUCCAAAUGCGACAUGGAUAAGAUUUGCUGUCUGGAUGGCUGUAGGUUUCAUAGUCUACUUUUUCUAUGGAUUUAGAAACAGCAAUCAGGGGCUUAGGAAAUCUGAGACGGAUACUUUUUCAGAUUACGAAGUUAGAUGUGACAAUUCAAUCAAUGCUUCAGGGGAGCGUAGAAUACCAAAUAAGGAAUCAAACACAUCCGAGACCUCGAGCUUGCUUCGUGCAGUAGUAUAGUCUAGUCUUCCUACUGAGCAUGACAUGACAUUGCAAAUAUGUUACAUUUUAAUCCUUACCUUGCUAAAUUUCUAUAAUGAACUUUUUCUAUCUUCCAAUUUUGACAGUACCAUUAACUGUUAAAAAGGGUGCUUACCAAAAAGAUACUGGUUGAAUAGCGAACAGUGCAGAUCAUGAUAAGACUGCACGGAUGUGCAGGCUGAUCAUGAUCUACACUGGGCGCAAAGGCAGAAUCAGUCGUGUCCAGCAUGGUAAGGGAUAAGGCUUACGACAAUGUUUUAUAAAUAUAAUAUACAUGUUGUGAUAUGUGUUAUGGUACAGAUUCAAAAGAUAUAUACUGUAGCAUUCAAUGGGAAUAUAUACAUUUAACAUAAUGGGAAUUUUUGACAAUUUGACAUAACUGAGAUUAAAAACAAAUUCAUGUUUAAGUAAGUGUGUUGCAUCUUUAUGAUGUUAACUGACAUUACUUGUUACAUGAACUUGUUUUACAUCUUUCUUUGUGCAUGUGUUAUUUUUCUUAAAUAUAAAUGUAAAUAAUAAGCAAUAAAGUAUGAUUAAACGA